AUGGUUCCUUAUGCUCCUCCGACUGUCACCAUCCUUCAGCAAGAUCCAUCUGCAGUUGCAAACUCCAUGGCCUCAAUUGACACUGAUUACAUCAUCGAGCAGAGCGAGUUGGCCCCCAUCUCAAAUCAUCCGGAAACCACCACUCCCAUCUUCACUCAUUCUGUACUCGUCUCCGGUUAUGUGGCCACCGAGGUCUCCAAUGGUGGAUAUUCUGUCUUCUACCUGUCGAAACCUCCUUCCAGCACUGGCUCCAGCUACACACCAUCAAGGUCUAUUGUUGCUGAGGUGACUACAGUUACUGUGCUCCCGUUUUCCAAAGCUGCAAAAACCGCCGAGCAAGAUGUCCAGACAAGUAGCUAUGGCCCCUCGGCAUUCUCAAGUCCUUCCAGGGGCUGGAACAGCACAUACGACAACUCUUCCAUCUUGGGCACUGGAACCGCUGGAUCUUUCGGCUGGGGCACUGGGACAGCUGGUUCUUCCAUCCUGGGAACUGGAGCGGUAGGAUCAGGGGCCAGGUCGACCUCUGGUGCUGCCUCUACAGUCACAUUUACGAAUUUUACCCACACCGUCACCCAGAGCGUGAUUGUCAACGCCACAUCUGCCCCAGCAUCCGUAUACCUUCCACCUGGUUAUGGAUAUGGCUCAUCGGAGCCUUCAGGUGACAGUGAUGUUGUGGCGAAGAGACAGACCUGCGUCUGGAUCACAGCCACCAUCGGUGGCCAGCAGGUUGGCUGGUGCAAUAACUGGGCCGGGAGUUCGACAUUGACUUACACCUCCUGGGAGACUACCACAACUCCGAGCUAUAUCCCCGGCAUUGGCACCAUCGCGGUAGUGAAUACAGCCUCGAGUAACUCUGCUCAGCCUACUCUUACAAGUGAGACAUCCACACCAGUGUCUACUCAGUUAUUCCCUUCAUCAACUGCUAGCGCCUGCGGGCAGGUUGGACCGUUCGAAAUUGGGUUUGAUGACCUUCCAUCGUUCUCUACCACUGACAACAAUACUGCGGACUUUCCCCCAGUCUUCAAUCCUUACGAUCACUUCUUCUGGGGUGAUGGAUGGGCUUAUGUACCUCCACCGAACGAGCCGUAUCCCCCUCAGUCAGGCAACCGCCUCGCCGAAUUUAUCCCUUCACUUGCCAACAACGACACUGGUUCUCCAGAUGCAGGGCUGAUCCCACCUAGUUCAUUCGGCUGUGGCCCUCGCAAUUAUGACAAUCAAUACUGGUUCAACGCAGACUCGGCCUAUGUGGGUUGCGACAACGGUGUCUCAAAUGCUACUUCGACUUGUGACUUUGUAGCUACCGCCUAUCAGUGGGACAACACUACGCAAAGCGAGGUUCUGGUUGCAACUCAGCAUUUCAAGAUCCCGCCGUGUCCAGACUUCAAGAAUUGUCAGCUCACGAAAAUUACUUUCAACUACUUGUUCUACAAGAUGACGACCUUGAGUUUCUACGCCAAUGUUGAAGGCAGAGUCAGUAUCUUCUGGCUGGACAGCUUGGAUCUCAACUGGUACAACAACACUUGCACAGCAGGAUUGACCCGCAUAUCCUCGCGCAAGAUUCGAAUCUGA